CUACCUUCCCUCUCCCUCUCACAAUCCUCUCUUCUCUCUCUCUUCUAAAAACCAAACCUUUUUCCGUACUCAAGUAAAAAAAAUGACGGCGAAAGUAAUAACAUUAAUGGCGGUUAUGGUGGUUACUGCCUUGACGGUGAACGCCAAAAUCCCCGGAGUUUACACCGAUGGUCCCUGGAUCAAUGCUCACGCCACCUUCUACGGCGAAGCUGACGCUUCCGGCACUAUGGGUGGUGCGUGUGGGUACGGGAAUUUGUAUAGCCAAGGUUACGGUGUGAACACGGCGGCUUUAAGCACUGCCUUAUUCAACAAUGGUUUAAGCUGUGGCUCUUGCUAUGAGCUCAAGUGUGUCAAUGAUCCAGGAUGGUGCCUUCCCGGAAACCCAUCAAUCCUUAUCACCGCCACUAAUUUCUGCCCUCCCAACUUUAAUCAAGCUAGCGAUGAUGGUGGUUGGUGUAACCCUCCUCGUGAGCACUUUGAUCUCGCCAUGCCUAUGUUUCUGUCCAUCGCUAAAUAUAAGGCUGGUAUCGUUCCCGUCUCUUACCGCAGGAUCCCAUGUAGGAAGAAGGGAGGUAUAAGAUUCACAAUCAAUGGAUUCAAGUACUUCAACUUGGUGCUGGUCACUAACGUAGCCGGAGCUGGCGACGUCAUUAAGGUGAGUGUGAAAGGAACCAACACACAAUGGUUAGAUCUGAGCCGGAAUUGGGGACAAAACUGGCAAUCCAACGCAGUUCUUGUCGGCCAAUCUCUUUCUUUCCGAGUCAAAACCUCCGAUGGCCGAAGCUCCACCUCCAACAACAUUGCUCCCAGUAACUGGCAAUUUGGUCAGACUUACUCCGGCAAGAAUUUCCGCGUUUGAUUUCUCGAAAAUAAAAAAAAAUCGAGCAGCGGAAUAUAUUGAAGCUUUUUUA